AUGUCAACUUUUUCGAUGUAUUCUCAAGAUGAAUCACAUUCUCAAGAUGUAUUACAACCUCAAAAUAAGCCAUACUCUCAAAUUGUGCUUGAUAAGUAUAGUUCAUGUUAUCUUCAUAUGGAUAAACCACGUUCUCAAGAUGAAUUGCAUCCUCAAGAUAAUUUAUAUUCUCAAGAUGUGCUUAAUAAGUAUAAUGAAUUAUAUACAAAUAAAUUGCAUUUAAAUGAAGCUGAAACUAGCAAAUCUUUAUUACUGACAGUACCUUUAUCUAGUGAUGAAAAUACUAUAAAUACUAG